AUGAUGGCAUAUGUACCACUACUGGUCAUGGCGCUGUCCGUCGUCUUCGCCGCUCCGUCCAUCGACACAUCAUCCAAAAUAUUGAUGCCACAAAAGAGAGCUGCUCUUGUUUUGGAUCGAUUGCUGAUUGCUUUACAAAAAGCUCUUCAUGAAGAGAGCCUCAAUCAACGGUUGAACACCGAUUCAGAUGGUCCUAGGACUGCACCCUUGCGUUUGUCUAGCUACGACACUAACGAUAUGACGGGGUUGCAACGUCGCGGACAAGGCUCCGGCAGAGGGCGUGUCCUACGAUGCUACUUUAAUGCCAUCACGUGCUUUUAAUGUAUUUACUUUAAACAAGUAGCAUUUAUUCGUAAUUCAUUUAAUAUUAUAUAAUAGACGGUUACUGUUAUUAUACCUACUAAUAAUAAUUCUACUCGGCUGCAAAACAAACACUUUAUUAUGCAUUACACUUUAAAUUUAUAAUAUAAUUAAAUU